GGAUGAGUGGUGCCCUUGGUCCGAAAGGUGAUCCUGGGCCUAUGGGGACAAUGGGUAUCCGGGGUGAGCCAGGGUUCGAGGGGCCCAUGGGGCCACUGGGAACACAAGGUCUAAAGGGUUUCCCUGGAAUUACUGGUAAGAGAGGACCAGACGGGGACAAAGGGGACCCUGGACCGAAGGGGGAGAGAUGUGUUCAGGGUGCUUCAGGCAUCCAAGGGCCUCAGGGAGAGAGUGGUCCUAGUGGCUUCCCUGGCUUUACAGGGCUCAAUGGUCAACCUGGCACUAAAGGCAUUGGGGGGGAGAAUGGAGAAACUGGCCCUCAGGGAAAACUGGGCAGAGAUGGGCUGAAGGGGAAUAGGGGUCCAGAUGGGCGCCAUGGCCAGCCUGGACACAGAGGGACCAAGGGUCGCAUCGGACAGAGAGGGCAUGAUGGCCAGCCUGGUUCACUGGGUUUGCCAGGCCCACCUGGGACAGAGGGACCAGAAGGAAAGCCUGGUACACAGGUUCCCAUUCUAUAUCAUAUUUCAAUACCAUGAUCACACCCCUGAAGACACUGAGCUUGUAUACAGUGCCUUGCA